UACCGACUCGUUUAAUUAAACGGAAAAAACCCAGGAAAAAAACCCAUUCAGUUUUAUAGCCAAAAAUAAGACGACUGACGACCCACUCGCUGCCUCUCGCGCUCUCACAAGCUAUGAGUCUCUUCGGACUUGGCAGAAACCAGAGAACAUUCCGGCCAAAAAAGAGUGCACCUUCAGGGAGUAAGGGUGCGCAGCUUAGAAAGCAUAUUGAUGCCACCCUAGGUAGUGGAAACCUGAGGGAAGCAGUAAGACUUCCUCCUGGAGAGGACUUAAAUGAAUGGCUCGCUGUCAACACUGUGGAUUUCUUCAAUCAAGUGAAUCUGCUCCAUGGCACCCUAACAGAGUUCUGUACCCCUGAGACUUGUCCAACAAUGACUGCAGGCCCCAAGUAUGAGUAUAGAUGGGCAGAUGGUGUGCAAAUCAAGAAACCUAUUGAGGUUUCUGCUCCAAAGUAUGUUGAAUAUCUAAUGGACUGGAUUGAAUCUCAGCUUGAUGAUGAAUCCAUUUUUCCUCAAAAGCUAGGUGCGCCAUUUCCUCCCAACUUCAAGGAGGUUGUGAAGACUAUCUUUAAAAGAUUGUUUCGUGUAUAUGCCCACAUUUACCAUUCUCACUUUCAAAAAAUUGUGAGCCUCAAAGAGGAAGCCCAUCUGAACACAUGCUUCAAACACUUCAUUCUUUUUACAUGUGAAUUUGGGCUCAUUGACAAAAAAGAGCUUGCGCCGCUCCAAGAGCUUGUGGAAUCGAUUGUUAUUCCUUACUGAAUGGGGUGGACAUAACCAUAACGACUUUAUCAGUAGGGGAAUGCAUGAUAAAAGUAAUGAAGUACUUAUAAUCAGUAUUUGACUCUACAGAAUUCCUGGUUGCUUCAUGAUAUAAGUUCCUGUGGCUGUGAAUUCACCUUGUUUUGAAUUUCUGAAAUUUAUCUUCACUUUCCAUGGUU